AUGUUCCAAUUGAAAGUUCUUUUGAUAUUGCCAUUUAUUAUUAACAUCACAUAUUCAAUGUAUUAUUUGACGAAUUUUCAUGUCAGCUAUCCUGAUGCACAAUUAAUUACUGCCAAUUGUGGUGACACUAUUCCACUUUCUUGUCAAACUGAAACUGAAAAUAAUUCUUUAUCAAUAGCACCGAUUAUGUGGUUUCGUUUAUAUGAGAAUGCAUAUCCUCAACCAUUAAUACUUGGUGAUCGUCAAUUACUUGAUGACCAUCGAUUUAUGCCACGUAUUCAUAAUAAUGAUCAUCAUUUAGAAAUAGCUGGUAUAAGAAAAGAUGACGAAGGUUAUUAUUUAUGUAAAUCAGGCAAUGGAAUCCAAAUAAGUUAUAAUUUAACAAUUCUUUCUAAUACAUGUAUUGAUAUUGUACCAAAUCGUAUUUGUGUUACUAUUGAUGAACCAAUUCAUCUUAUUUGUCGUAUACUUUCAACAAAGAAUCCUAAUGAAGUAAAUUUACAUGUUGAAUGGACACGUGAUAAUUAUUUAUUAGAUAAUCUAACUGAGCAUAUUUCAAAUUAUGUAUCAACUGAUGGUAUUUUACAUGGAGCAUUAUUAAUACAACAUGCAAGUCGAAAUGACACUGGAAUUUAUACAUGUCGAUAUGGACAAAUGUUAACAGCAACAGCUCAAGUUAUUGUCAAUCAAUAUCCUAGUGGUAGUAAAUCACGUCGUUUAAUAUCACAAUUACGUGGUAACAAUUCAUCAUCAACAGCAUCAUUACGAACAGUAGUCAGUUGUUUUUAUAUUGUCUAUCAGAUUGUUCUUGUCGCACUUGUUGCACUAUCGUAA